GGGGAUACCCGGAGGCAAGGUCCCAGGCCGGCGGGGCUGUCCGAACAGGGCCCCGGGGUCCCAGGCCCUUUAGUCGCUCUCGCACUUGCCUGAGCGGAAACCCGGCGCCACCACAAGAUGGCGUCGGGCCUGGAGCACAGGCAGCGCCGGGGACAGCCCCAAGUCGCCAGGCCCCGAGACCGUCGCUGUCAGCCCCCUCCGCAGGGGAACCUGGCGGGGGGGGGGAGCGAACCACUGACCCAGGGGGCCAGAGGGCUGUACCACCGACCCUGCAACCCGGGGGGACGCGGGGGCCGAAGGGCUGAACCACUGAGCCCGGAUGGGGCUCACAGAGCGGAACGCUCCACGAGAAUCGUGGGGGCGAGGGAAAGGGUCAAGAUUACCAGCCAUUGACCACCCUCCCGGGAAGGGCCUUAGCCUGGGAAGCACAGCUUCUCCGUCAAGUUUUCCCCGAGCUCCCCUCGCAAUACACCAGGAAGCUCCGCCCCGUCGGAGACUCAGUCUUCGCAUCUGCAAAAUGGGCGCAGGGGUGCAAAUGAGUGGGCCGUGGUUGCUGGGGCUGGGGAGAUGGCCCACUUGUUCCAGCCACGGUCACCUCUCUUCGCAGAGUGAAGUCCCCAGACCCUACGCCCCGCUGUCAGGCAGCCCGCCGAUCCGAUGGAGGAGAACGAAGUGGAGAGCAGCAGCGACGCGGCUCCUGGGCCUGGCCGGCCCGAGGAGCCCUCUGAGAGCGGCCUGGGUGUGGGCACCUCAGAAGCCGUGUCCGCCGACAGCAGCGACGCCGCGGCCGCCCCGGGGCGGGCAGAGGCCGAUGACUCUGGCGUGGGGCAAAGCUCGGACCGCGGCAGCCGCUCUCAGGAGGAGGUAUCCGAGAGCAGCUCGAGCGCAGACCCCCUGCCUAAUGGCUACCUCCCUGAUUCAUCGUCUGUGUCCCAUGGGCCAGUGGCAGGGGUGACAGGUGGUCCCCCAGCACUUGUGCACUCUAGUGCACUCCCAGACCCCAACAUGCUGGUGUCCGACUGCACAGCUUCCUCCUCGGACCUGGGCUCGGCCAUCGACAAGAUCAUCGAGUCCACCAUCGGGCCCGACCUCAUCCAGAGCUGCAUCACUGUGACCAGUGCCGAGGAUGGCGGGGCCGAGACCACACGGUACCUGAUCCUGCAGGGCCCAGAUGAUGGAGCCCCGAUGACAUCACCAAUGUCCAGUUCCACCUUGGCCCACAGCCUAGCAGCCAUUGAGGCCCUGGCAGAUGGCCCCACAUCCACAUCCACAUGCCUGGAGCCACCUGAGGAGGAGGCACAGGGUCGGCCCAGCUCCCCAGUGCAGCUGCCCCCAGCCUCUGGUGCCGAAGAACCAGACCUGCAGAGCCUGGAGGCCAUGAUGGAGGUGGUGGUGGUGCAGCAGUUCAAGUGCAAGAUGUGCCAGUACCGGAGCAGCACCAAGGCCACACUGCUGCGCCACAUGCGGGAGCGCCACUUCCGUCCAGUAGCAGCAGCCGCAGCAGCAGCUGGUAAAAAAGGACGUCUACGGAAGUGGAGCACCUCCACCAAGACCCAAGAGGAAGAAGGACAAGAGGAGGAGGACGAUGACGACAUUGUAGACGCUGGAGCCAUUGAUGACCUGGAGGAGGAUAGUGACUAUAAUCCAGCUGAGGAUGAGCCCCGAGGCCGGCAGCUUCGGCUCCAGCGCCCCACCCCCAGUACCCCAAGGCCCCGAAGGAGACCUGGCCGGCCCCGGAAACUGCCCCGCCUGGAGAUCUCAGACCUCCCAGAUGGUGUGGAAGGAGAGCCUCUAGUGAGUUCCCAGAGUGGACAGAGCCCUCCAGAGCCACAGGAUCCCGAGGCUCCCAGCUCCUCAGGCCCAGGACACCUGGUGGCCAUGGGCAAGGCGAGCAGGACGCCUGUGGAAGCUGGUGUGAGCCAGUCAGAUGCAGAGAACGCAGCCCCCUCCUGCCUGGAUGAGCAUGACACUCCGCCCCGGCGCCGAGGUCGACCUUCCAGGCGCUUCCUAGGCAAGAAAUACCGCAAGUACUAUUACAAGUCGCCCAAACCGCUUUUGAGGCCCUUCCUGUGCCGCAUCUGUGGUUCUCGCUUUCUGUCCCACGAGGACCUGCGCUUCCACGUCAACUCCCAUGAGGCUGGCGAUCCCCAGCUCUUCAAGUGCCUGCAGUGCAGCUAUCGUUCCCGCCGCUGGUCCUCGCUCAAGGAGCACAUGUUCAACCACGUGGGCAGCAAACCCUACAAGUGUGACGAGUGCAGCUACACCAGUGUCUACCGGAAGGACGUCAUUCGGCACGCCGCUGUGCACAGCCGGGACCGGAAGAAGAGGCCAGAUCCGACUCCAAAGCUGAGCUCUUUCCCCUGCCCUGUGUGUGGCCGUGUGUACCCCAUGCAGAAAAGACUCACGCAGCACAUGAAGACGCACAGCACUGAGAAGCCCCACAUGUGUGACAAGUGUGGAAAGUCCUUUAAGAAGCGCUACACCUUCAAAAUGCACCUGCUCACGCACAUCCAGGCUGUUGCCAACCGCAGGUUCAAGUGUGAGUUCUGUGAGUUCGUUUGUGAAGACAAGAAGGCACUGCUGAACCACCAGUUGUCCCACGUCAGUGACAAGCCCUUCAAAUGCAGCUUUUGUCCCUAUCGCACCUUCCGAGAGGACUUCCUGCUGUCCCAUGUGGCUGUCAAGCAUACAGGGGCCAAGCCCUUCGCCUGUGAGUACUGCCACUUCAGCACACGGCACAAGAAGAACCUACGCCUGCACGUACGGUGCCGACACGCAAGCAGCUUCGAGGAAUGGGGGAGGCGCCACCCUGAGGAGCCCCCCUCCCGCCGUCGCCCCUUCUUCUCUCUGCAGCAGAUUGAGGAGCUGAAGCAGCAGCACAGUGCGGCCCCUGGACCACCUCCCAGCUCCCCAGGACCUCCUGAGAUACCCCCAGAGGCGACACCUUUCCAGUCAUCUGAGGCUCCUUCACUGCUCUGUCCUGACACCCUGGGUGGCGCCACCAUCAUCUACCAGCAAGGAGCUGAGGAGUCGACAGCAAUGGCCACGCAGACAGCCUUGGAUCUUCUGCUGAACAUGAGUGCUCAGCGGGAACUGGGGGGCACAGCCCUGCAGGUGGCUGUGGUGAAGUCGGAGGACGUGGAAGCAGGGUUAGCAUCCCCUGGUGGGCAGCCCUCCCCUGAAGGUGCCACUCCACAGGUGGUCACCCUCCACGUGGCAGAGCCGGGGGGCGGUGCAGCAGCCGAGAGCCAGCUAGGCCCUCCUGACCUACCGCAGAUCACCCUGGCACCUGGUCCAUUUGGUGGGACUGGCUACAGUGUCAUCACAGCACCCCCUAUGGAGGAGGGUACAUCAGCUCCUGGCACACCUUACAGCGAGGAGCCCCCAGGAGAGGCAGCCCAGGCUGUGGUUGUGAGUGACACCCUAAAAGAAGCUGGCACCCACUACAUUAUGGCUACUGAUGGUACCCAGUUGCACCACAUUGAGCUCACCGCAGAUGGCUCCAUCUCCUUCCCAAGUCCAGAUGCUCUGGCCUCUGGUGCCAAAUGGCCCCUGCUGCAGUGUGGGGGGCUGCCCAGAGACGGCCCUGAGCCCCCAUCUCCAGCCAAGACCCACUGCGUAGGGGACUCCCAGAGCUCUGCCUCCCCACCUCCUGCAACCAGCAAAGCCCUGGGCCUGGCAGUGCCCCCGUCACCGCCAUCUGCAGCCACUGCUGCAUCAAAGAAGUUUUCCUGCAAGAUCUGUGCCGAGGCCUUCCCUGGCCGAGCUGAGAUGGAGAGUCACAAGCGGGCCCAUGCUGGGCCUGGUGCCUUCAAGUGCCCUGACUGCCCCUUCAGUGCCUGCCAGUGGCCCGAGGUCCGGGCACACAUGGCACAGCACUCAAGCCUGCGGCCCCACCAGUGUAGCCAGUGCAGCUUUGCCUCCAAGAACAAGAAGGACCUGCGUCGACACAUGCUGACUCACACCAAGGAGAAGCCUUUUGCAUGCCACCUCUGCGGGCAGCGUUUCAACCGUAACGGGCACCUCAAGUUCCACAUCCAGCGGCUGCACAGUCCUGAUGGGAGGAAGUCAGGAACCCCUACAGCCCGGGCCCCUACCCAGACCCCAACCCAGACCAUCAUCCUGAACAGUGAUGACGAAACACUGGCCACCCUGCACACUGCACUCCAGUCCAGUCACGGGGUCCUGGGCCCAGAGCGGCUACAGCAGGCACUGGGCCAGGAACACAUCAUUGUUGCCCAGGAACAGACAGUGACCAAUCAGGAGGAAGCCACCUACAUCCAAGAGAUCACCACGGCAGAUGGCCAGACCGUACAGCACCUGGUGACCUCCGACAACCAGGUGCAGUAUAUCAUCUCCCAGGAUGGUGUCCAGCAUCUGCUCCCCCAGGAAUAUGUUGUGGUCCCUGAGGGCCAUCACAUCCAGGUACAGGAGGGCCAGAUCACACACAUCCAGUAUGAACAAGGAGCCCCGUUCCUUCAGGAGUCCCAGAUCCAGUAUGUGCCUGUGUCCCCAGGCCAGCAGCUUGUCACACAGGCUCAACUUGAGGCUGCAGCACACUCAGCUGUCACAGUGGCUGAUGCUGCCAUGGCCCAAGCCCAGGGCCUGUUUGGCACAGAGGAGGCAGUGCCUGAACACAUUCAACAGCUGCAGCACCAGGGCAUCGAGUACGACGUCAUCACCCUGGCCGAUGACUGAGCCCCAAGGGCCCAACACAGAUCAUGGAUUUGUGGCCAGCCUUCCUGGGGGUAGGGGGCCACCAAGACUCACCUCCCUCUUCAUUUAGGAUCUCCAGAUACUGGAUAGCCAGCAUCCUCUCAUUCCUAGGGAGCCAGACCUGUGCUGUUGGGGUUAGGGGCAGCCAUGGGCCCCAGCCAGGACGUGCUGGGUGCCCCAGCCUGCAGGCAGGCUUUGGGAGAGAAAUUUAUUUUUGUUUGGGUGGACCCACCAGCCUGUCAGUCUCAAUAAAGGGACUGGAGUCCAGUCCUGAACAGC